GGUUUUUCAGUUUGGGAUUCCCAGAUAUUCCCAGCGUAGCCAGCCUGUGCCUUUCUCGUGCUCAUGGUGUGCAGCACGGUGCCAAGCUGUUGGUUCAUGCUCGGGGGUGCGAUGCUGGGACUCACUGGCGUCGUGCUAGUGGCAAUCGGUGGCAUGAAUGUUGGCGGCACGAGUUUGAACCUGUCUACUGCCAUGGACGGCACCAUGUCGGGCAGCUUGCCAGUUGUUUCCAGCAACUGCCAGUACUACAUGUUGGUGGUUGACAAGGGCGCCCCCUGCACAGCCAUUACGCAGUCUGUCAGUGUUGGAGCUUUGGACUCCUCCAAUUGCGGAUCCACUGAGAUUCCGGAAGGCGGUGACGAAAAAGACUGGGCCAUCGGCGAGUCCCUGAUGAAGCUUCAAGACACGAAGAUUGCCGCCGUCGUUACCUUUUCUUCGAGCGACAGUGGCACUGCACAGUACAGCAGCAAUGUCCCCACAUGGUCUAUGGAUGUGUGCGGCGUCAGCAACCAAGUGGCAGAUGCUGUCACGCAAGGCGUCGUUAUGCUUGUGGCUGGCGUCCUGGUGCUGCUCGUGGGCGUGGUUACAUUUUGCUGCGGAGCAAAAUCGCAGUCAUGGUACGUACAUCCUGGUGUGGCCUGGACAUAACCUAAGACUCAAUCUAAUUCAAUGCUUUUUGUGGCGUGCCUGCUCCUUUAAGGAAACCAGGUUGCUGCUGGAAAUGCCGGC